AUGAGAGUUUUCUCUGCCAUUUACUUCUUUUUCGUUCUACAAUUUUCUAAUUCUAAGAUUCGUUUCGGGAGUAAUGUUGUUCAAGCUAGCGUCUCGCACAUCACAAGAUUAAAAAGAGACGUUUCAGAGGGCGACAGCCCAAGAGAACCAGAUCCAAACCUUGCACUAGAAGGAAACUGUAUUGUGGUAUGUGAUGCAAAUAUCGAUGGACUUAAUUCCCAGUUUAAAGCAGGAAGCAAAUCUACACCUUCGGAUUCAUCACGAUUUAAAAGUCGUGAUAGUUUUCGCAAAACUCCCGGACCAAUGGGUUCGGCCACAAGCUUUUGGGACAGAAUGUCGUCUUCUGCCUGUGGGAGCACUGUAGGAUCUGCAAGACGAGAGAGAAGAGUGGCAUUUUCCGUGAAGCGCAGCACAGAACUGGCAACCGCAAAUACGGCUUUGAAUGGCGGUACCACUGUGACUUUUGAUCAUGUCAUGGUCAACGCUGGAAACGCGUUCGACAUGGAGAGCAGCAAUUUUGUAGCACCGGUGAAUGGAGUGUACUCGAUAUCUUUUCAAAUUUACAGAUUAUACAACAAGAAUCCGUUGACGAUAGAUUUGCACGUCAAUGGUCGAAUGGUACUUAGAGGGUUUGCAGACGGCGACAGUGCAAACCACAAAGCGGCACACAACAGCGGACUUCUUCGAUUAAAUGCUCGGGAUCGAGUUUCUGUACAAGUCAGUAGUGGAAAUUUAGAAAGCGGUUGGAAGUACUCAACCUUUUCCGGUCAUCUCCUAUUUGAAAACGAAGAUUAGCAAUAAUCGCCGGUUCAGCUUUAUACUCUGCUAUAUCUCAAAAGUUUGAAUAAACGUCAUAUUAAGCUACUUCGCAAGAUACCUGGAGUCAUGAACCAACAAUAAUUGGAUCUGACAACAUACAUGCAGUUCAAUCUAUAUGGUAUAGACGAGACAAAGAACGUGAGCCGUAACAUAAGACCUUCUGUGGGAAUUUCUGUUAUUUGUAUUAUAUAUAUAUAAUGAUUAGAAACAUUCUUCACCACACAUCAAUUGGCUGAAUCAUUUUCCUGUUUAUGUAGUUUUAUAUUGAACAAAUUAAAACGUUAUUAUCGAAGUUCUCACAGGAAUGCUGCAGUAUAUUUUAUAACCGCAACCUUGAAACUAGUUAAUGAUACGUCCUCAUAUGGCAUUUUUCUGCAUAUUUGUGCUGGUGCAUCUUCGAUGGUCUUCGACCGUUUGGACCCAAGUCAAAAGAGACUGUAAUCAUGUGUAAUGAUACCCAUAGCGGUGACCAAUUUUUAGCAAAAUAAUAUAUCUUGCCAAUCCCAAGUCUUGUAGUAUUAUUUUUAUUAAAGUCAUAACUUUCAUCUCAUUCCAAGUCAAAGUGAUUGUUGACCUGUUUAAUGUUCAUUUAAGUAUGAUAUCGUAGUGAGUAAUAUCUGCGAUUUUAUUCAGCAUUACGGUUGAUAAGCGUCUAUACAAAAUUUUGCACCAAUGGUAUUUUAUGAUCACAUUACAUUUUAAGUAUCUGAUCUAGCGAUAUCAGAUAUUAUUUCAUUUGUUUCCAACGAUGUAUGUGGGUGGCAAGUGUUUUCAAGUUUCCUGUGGGUGAAUCUUUCGUUAAGUAUUUCACAAAACAUUCACUCAGACUCGACUAACGAAAUUCCAUCAAAUUGAUAAGACAAUUUACAAUUGUGCUAUGAAAAGUUGUAUAACAGUGGAGUUGGAUGGUGGUAACUUUAAUGCGCAUAAAUUCAAAACUGUCUCAGAGUAGAAUCGACGUUAAUACAGUUUCGAACUCAUGAAAAGAUUUGCUGUAGCAUUAUAAACGUUUUCGUAAUUCAAAUGUAUGCAAAUCUGAGUUAUCGCAUUUGAAUUUAGUAGAACCGUUUACCAGAAAUCGCUUCCGUUCUGAUAUAAGUGCUUUAUGUGUAAAAAUCAAAACUAAACACAAUAGCAACCAAAGAUUACGAGACCACUUCUCUAAUGUCCAGAAUAUAAGAUCCCAGGUAGAAAAAAGUCUUCAAGAUGGCUUAAUCAUAUCACUAACCACGGCUUCCUCCGGUUAUCAGUCCAGGCUGAGUAAGGAACUAGUUACCAUCACACUGUACUGAGCGCGUGGACUUCGAUUGUAAUGCAAGCCGCUACCGCCCGCGACAGAUAAAAGACGUGUUCAAAUAGAGCUCAGCUCGAAAGGCCAAUCGUAGAAUCUCUAUUAAUUUGAUAAUUUUCUUAUUGUUAUACUGAUGACAUGCGCGAUUUGUGAUUUCCAGGUAAGAUUUCCAUCAAAGAUAACUCCCAAGAAUUUUAUUUCACUCACUCUUUCAAUUUAUUUGCCAUUGAGUAUGUUUGCUUUUAUAUAUG